AUGGAGCCCUGUUGCUGUGCUAAUGGAAAAUACGCUCAGAAGCUUCUUAAGGAUUUAUUUGCAAACUACAGCAGUGCCCUCCGGCCGGUGGAGGACACCAACAAAGUGCUGAACGUAACGCUGCAGGUGACUCUCUCCCAGAUCAUCGACAUGGACGAGAGGAAUCAAAUUCUCACAGCCUAUUUGUGGAUCCGGCGAGUGUGGGUAGAUUCACACCUCAGAUGGGACAAAGAUGAGUACGAUGGACUCGAUACCAUCCGUAUACCUAGUAGUUAUGUAUGGAGACCUGAUAUAGUCCUAUAUAACAACGCUGAUGACCACUUCACCGGCCCCAUGGACACCAACGUGGUCAUCCAGCACGACGGUCAGAUCACCUGGGAUUCUCCGGCCAUCACCAAAAGCUCCUGCAAGGUCGACGUCUCCUUCUUCCCCUUUGAUGCUCAGCAGUGCCGCUUCACCUACGGCUCCUGGACCUACAAUGGUAACCAACUCGACAUCCUCAACGCCAUGGACAGCGCAGAUUUGGCCGACUUGGUGGAAAACGUGGAGUGGGAAGUUCUGGGAAUGCCGGCGAAGAAGAACGUUAUAGUGUAUGGGUGUUGCGCGGAGCCGUACCCAGAUGUGACCUACACCCUCAAACUGAAAAGAAGAGCAUCAUUCUAUGUGUUUAACCUGCUGAUUCCGUGUGUUAUGAUCUCAUUCCUGGCACCGCUUGGUUUCUACCUCCCUGCCGACUCUGGAGAGAAGGUGUCAUUGGGGGUCACUGUCAUGUUAGCACUAACAGUCUUCCAGCUGUUAGUCGCCGAGAUAAUGCCACCGUCGGAGAAUGUACCUCUCAUUGGAAAGUACUACAUUGCAACCAUGACUAUGAUCACAGCCUCCACCGCUCUGACCAUCUUCAUCAUGAACAUACACCACUGUGGCCCAGAUGCCAAACCUGUCCCUAAAUGGGCCAAGACGCUCAUCCUGCAGUAUCUUGCCCGCAUGUGCUUCGUCUACGAGGUUGGCGAAAACUGCAUGUCUCCAACACCUGAAAAACCCGAACACCAACCUGUCAAAAACAACAACAACUGCACUCCCAACGGCCAAGCUCCAUCUGGCCGAGAAGAGGACGUGAUCAAAGUGGAGCGAGGGGUCCCGGAAUUUUCUGAGGAGAGGGAGGAUGCGGAUCACAUGUUGAGUCCCUUGAGUUCUAUUGGGAUAAACCCAACGAGUAACUACAGCGCCUGGAAGAAUGGUGUUUUCGUGAGUAUGGAUUGUGGAGAUACAGGUCCACCGAGGUGUAGGAGAGGAGGAGUGAGUGACCAUGCAGACAAACGUGAGGGGUGCUGUAACAGUCAGAGUGUGGAGAAUCAACUCCUUAGGAAUAUGGAGUACAUGGCGAACUGUUAUCGCGAUCAGAGGGCGACGCAGAGACGCACAGGGGAGUGGAAGAAGGUGGCCAAAGUCUUAGACCGCUUCUUUAUGUGGCUGUUCUUCAUUAUGGUGUUCUUAAUGAGCCUUCUGAUCAUGGGUAAAGCUAUUUAA